AUGGCUGAACACCGCCUGGAGCAAGAACCAGGGACAAGCCCCGUAUCGGGUUUACUGGCUUUCAGCGGAAAAAUAGACAGGUUUUCGAGUUCAGAGAAGGAUGUGUUCGCCAAGGCACAGAUUACAGUGGCCAUUGGCAUCCCCCUGAUUUACCUCUGGUUCCUGGGCAUCCCGCCUGGGUCUCCUGCGAGCACCUUUGGCAAAGUCAUGGCUUGGGAGUGUGCACUGGAGAACUCCAUUGCGACCCUGAUCGGCCCGGUCUUCGUGGCCAAGCUGGCGUUGAUGUUUGGCUACACCUUUGGCGAGGAGGAGGCCGAGGGCACGUCCCUUUCGGCCGCCACCGCCCUGGGCCAAGCCAUGGCGGCCACCAUCUGCAUCCCUUGGCUGGUGACCUUUGCCCUCUACAGCCUGCUUCACAAGUCGUACCCGUCGGACAUGCGCCGAUUGAAGGCAAAGCUGCAGGCCGAAGAAGAAGCUGAGAAGGAAGGGUUCGUGUGCCAGGAGCGUGACAUCCAGCGCUACAAGAAGGCGCGUGCGCUGGACGAGCGCCGGGGAGUCGAGGCAGUGCGCGAGCUGGGUUUCCGCGUGAAGAAACAGUACGUGGCCCUGGCCGCCAGAGUGACCGCCAAGACCUACCACAUGGCAGAUCCCUUCCUGGACGAGGCAAGCUUCGUCCGAGUUUGCUGCCGACAUGCAAGAGAUUUGCGACAAGUGUACAAGUCGAACGGCGGCUGGACCGAGGGGGAGGUGACGCAGCUGGAGAAGGUCUUCAACAAGUACGACGUGAAGAGGUUGGUCCGGAUGGUGGAAGACAUGUUUCCGGUUCUCGCACGGGACAGGAGGCUACGCCCCGAUCUGCAGCGAAUCAUGAAGGAGGCGCUCAGUGGUUGCGCACGUUCGGAAGGUGUGGGAAUGCAGGAUUUCCUGAAAUUGAUGCAGUUCUUCCGAGAGUUUCAGGACGGACAGCGCUUGCACAAGGAGCAGCAAGCCGUCCAGGCAAGUGGCUGGGAACAUACCGAGGUAGCUCAGCCGGCAGCUCGGUUGCGUGACCUCUUCAUCGCCGCGUCCAACGCGUCGCAUGAAAGCUCGCUUCCCGCUGAGCUUUCCUUCGAGCAGUUCCGGACCAUGAUCCACGACCUCUACCCGCUUGGGGAUGCGCUGACGGCAGAGUUGAAAUACAUCUUUGCAAAGGAUGCGGACUUCCCGGAGUUCCUGCUGAUGAUGAGGUACUUGUGGGACACCGACUGGCCCAGCAGUCCAGGGACAUCCAGGAUUGGCAUCAAGGCGAAGUUUCAAGACAAGACCGAGACGGACAAGCCAUCGAAGGCACCACCAGCCAAGGCAACAUCUACCGUUGGAGGUGCAGGGCCUUCAAACGUGCCCAAGGCUCAGGGGCCUUCUUAA